GUUUUUCUGUAUAGAUAUCAAAAGUUUUUGUUAUUUCAUAGCAAUAUAAAAAGAGCCAUAAUGUUGGAACAGCAAUGGGCUGGCCCGCCUCCUAUGGCUGCUCAGCCAAUGGGAAUCCAGUCUACUGCAGGUGCAGUGCCGGUUGUCAAUGAAAAAGGUGAGGUGUCUAUGAAGAAAGUGAAAGUACAGCGUUAUGUGAGCGGCAAGCGUCCUGAGUAUGCUCCAGCCUCCUCUGAUGAAGAAGAAGAAGAUGAGGAUGACUUCACUGCUCCUAAAACUGCCAGUCUUCAGCAACAGGCUAUUGGCUCCCCUAAACAUUCUCAGGUGGAGCUCACUGAAACUGAACUAUCUGAUCCAAGGCUCCGCAGACUUCUGUCUCGACAAGUGUCUGGCCCUCCCCGGCGGAUAGAGCAGCCUGAGGUGAUAGAAGGUGAAGAGUCAGAUGAAGAUGCCACACCCUUGGCUACGCCUGCCACAGCUGACAGCGGCGCCAGCAAGCACCGCCUUGCGGAUGCCGAUGCUGACUCAGACAGUGCAGAAGAAGCCGAAGUAGAUGAAGACGUUCUUGCCAGUCGCAGGCAACGGUUGCGUGAAUGUGCUAUGAAUAAAAUACAGCAAGAAGAAGAAGUGCUAGGUAAGGAAGAUGAGGGAAGUGAAGAGUCUUCAGAAGAAGAUAGUUCUGAGUACUCAGAAGAGACUGACUCGGAGGCUGAAGGGCCCAGGAUGCGGCCUGUAUUUGUGCGCAAGAGAGAUCGGCUCACCAUCCAGCAGAAGGAAGCUGCUCAGCAGUCUACCAAACAGUCUGAGUCGGAGCAGCGCCGUCGUGCCGAGGAACGUCGCCGCGAGAUGCUGCGUCUCAUCGAACAGGAGAACAGAGCAACAGCCCCACCGGCUGCGGGCGGCCUGGCCGACAGGGGCUCUGUGGGCCUGGUGGGCGUGGGUGCGGAGCUCAAGCACGACAACGUUACCACCAACGCCAAACUCGAGGACGUCAAUACGGACGACGAGGCCGACGAUGCCGAGUAUGAGGCGUGGAAGCUGCGCGAGCUGCGGCGCCUCAAGAGAGAUAAGGAGGAGCAGGAGGCGCUUCAGAAGGAGCGCGAGGAGGUGGAGAAACUAAGGAUCAACCCUAAUCCGUCUGUUAUCACGAACAAAGCAGCAAAGGGCAAGUACAAGUUCCUACAGAAGUACUACCAUCGCGGUGCCUUCUUCCUCGACACUGAAGAAGAGGUCCUCAAGAGGGACUUCUCGGCCACCACUCUGGAUGAUCACUUUGAUAAGAGCAUCUUGCCUAAGGUGAUGCAAGUGAAGAACUUCGGUCGCUCGGGUCGCACCAAGUACACUCACCUGGUGGACCAAGACACCACGACCUUCGAUUCGCCAUGGGCCGCCGACACGCAAAUCAACCACAAGUUCGCAGCCACCGCUGCAGGCGGCCUCAAGCAGAUCGAAUCCACCUCCAAGAAGCGUCCGUCCUCCAUCAGUUCGUCCAGUUCCGUGCGAAAAUAAACGCUCGUCAGGCAGACGUUUAUUUCGUUUAUGCAGAGCAAACAGUUGACGGUGUGAAAAAUUACUCGAAAGAUGCUCCCCGCGCCAUCAGCUUCAUGAAAUUCACUGUAACUAUUUGGUAUUUGUGAGAAAAGGCUUUACCUAUUUGCAGUUUAGUUUUUUAGCAAUUGUGACUGCGUCAAGAUCUUGCUGCUUGCUUAGACUACUGUCGCAGAAUGUUGAUAGGAUUUCAUUACUCACAGAAUUUUUAACUUUAAAUAUUUUGUUUUAACGAAAAUUUGAGUGUAAUUUUAACGUGCUUUUGAACUAAUUUUUCGAAUGAACUUCCAAAUUCUAAUCAGAUAAAAUUUGAUGCCGCAGAAUAAUCAAUUUGAUCACCGCUAUGCUAGCUGUUAUGUACAAAAUGUGUGUUCAGAGCUUCUGCUACGCAGAAUAUCUGACGCACAUCUGUAAAUAAAUAACGUUUAAGCUGUAAAACAGAUUUUUUAUGCGCUCCUGACAUGUUUUUCUCCACGAUAUUCAUCAUUGAAUUUCUCUCAAUUUAUUUACAAUGAAUUGACUCCAACAAGACCUAUGACAAAACAUACAUAUCAUCCCUUCAUCUUUUUUUCAAAUUGGUGAGAUUGUCAAAAUACCUUUGAUUUUGAACAAAAUGUGUUGUGUUACUUGGCCUUCUUCAUAUUUGAAGCGUUAACAAAUGUGAAAUGUAUCUCCAUUGAAUCGAUUUUA